UCUCCCAAAGUACAGAUCACAAUCAGCAUGAUAAAUAACUGUUAGAGCCUGUACAUUUUGUUCAAAAAAAGCUCUGUAUGGAGACACUCUGUAUAAAUGCACAUAUCCGAUACGGUCAUGGAAUUGGUAAGGGUAGGUACUCGUCUUAAUGACAAUAAAAAAGGCUGGCCUCUGUUCUUACAGUACCCCGGAAAAGAAAAGGACUGCAAAUUUCUUUUUAGCAGGCAGAAUACUGAAAUUCUUGAGAUGGAUUCAAUUGGAUCUGAGAAGGAGGAGAGUUCAAUGGAGGAAAGGCUGGUGAAUCUUAUGAGAACAGCUGUUGAAGCGCAUGACUCUUCUGCAAAGAUUUUUGCAAUAAUAUUUGCUUUCAGUAUUCGCUAAAAGAGAAGACUGCAUACGCAGCCCAUGACUAACAGGAUAGACAAUAGACCCCUAGGGCUAAACUGCAAACAGCACCUAGAAUUACCAAAGAAGGUAGCAUUCAUAGAAGCAGCAAAAAAUCAUAUCCCAGAUUGCAUCUUGUUCAUAGUUACAAAGACCAUUCAAAAAAGCAUUAUAACAUCAUCAAAGUCAGGAAUCAUGAAGAGCCGACAACUAUCGUAACACCAUUAGAGAAGUGAGUAUUAAAUUCCCGAGCAUCCACAGGGAUUAGAACAGUAAGAGGCUGGGUAGGAGCUUGUGACUAACAUAAGCCCCCUGACAUAUCAGCAAUGAGAAUAGUACUGUCCAAACUAGUAACAAGGAAAGAAUCACAAUCCAGAAGGUCAUCUUCAGUUGUUAACGUGUUAAUCAUCAAGGUUAACACAUUUGUAAAUUUUGUAAACUAUUUUUCAGUUUAGAUAGUUAUGUGACAGUUAAAUUGUUCUUCUGCCUAUAAACUAAGACUCUAAACAUUCCUAUGAAAUACAAUAAUAAUCUAUUUCUAUUCUUCCGCUUCUGCACCUAACAGUGAUCUCAGAGCUACGUUGUGAAGGAGAGAAGAAAAACGUAGAGGACUCAGAGCUAUAACAGUCACCUCUCUUUCGUAAUUUCUACCUCCUCCUGCAUAAUUUUGAAUAAUGGGUAUCUUGUUUUGCAUAACCUGAGUGUUAAUACAUUAUUUAAGAACCGUCGUAUGAGGAUUGAUCGGUCUUGCUCCGCAUGGGAUUUGUAAGCAUGGUAUUGGGGACUUAUGAAUUGCUUAUACAGCAGUUUGAAACCAAUAUUUGUGAAGGCAGAAGACUCAGGAAUUUGAAAAGGUAUCUGUAUAUUUUGAUGUAUAAAUCUGCUAUAUUUUGAUCAUUAAGCGUUGAAAUCUGAAAGCAUUAUUGAGGAUAGGAUGUGUACGUUCAGAUGGAUGCACCAUUGUUACUGCUAAUACCACUGUUUGAAGAUUGUUUAAGGAUUAUGGUAGAGUUGUUAUCUUUAUAAAAAAUUGUAUAUUCCCUUAUUUUUGCUUGCUAAGCAAAGUCUAUUCCAGGAUUGCAGUAUAACUGCCUAUUUUGUAAAAGAUGUUGAG